GCCGUCAAUUUAAAGACAGUGAAGGUAAAUGAAGGUGUGAAAAGUGAGGAGAAGGAAGAAGAAGAAGAAGAAGAAGAAGAAGAAGAAGAAGAAGAAGAAGAAGAAGGAGAAGACGACUCCAAGAAGGAGCAGCAACCAGGGAAUCACAGAAUCACAAAAUGGUAG